GGAUUUCAACACCGCUGCUGUUUGGUGUCCCUGUCGAUGACAACCUGUUUGAUCGGGCCAAAUUAUUAAUACCUGAAAAAUGAUGCCUGAUUUUCUCAAAGCUGAAUGGACUUUGUGUUCGCGGGGCAAAUAUGGAGUUUAAUUGCUAAAUUAUUACUAAUUUUGGGCUGGGCUACGUGACCGUCUGAUUUCCAUCGUACGCCGCAGCGAAACAUUUGGUUAAAUUUCUGCCCCACCAAUGCCCUUAAAAAGCCAGGUCGUUCAGUCAUAGCGAUUCCAUGGUGAAAAUGGUAUCUGAGUGGAUAGCCUGCCUGGACAAGAGGCCCAGUGACAGGACAGGCGAGGAUUUGGACAUAAUAUACUCCCGACUCAAGGACAUCAAAGCUUUUGAAAAGUUCCACCCGCUACUUUUACAGCAGAUAUGUUACUAUGGUUAUUAUGAAGACUUGGAGAAAGGAGUCACCUUGUUCCGGCAGGGUGACAUUGGAACUAACUGGUACACAGUGUUAUCUGGCUGCCUGGAGGUACUGGUGUCCGAGACAGGACAGAGAAAGGAUGCCGUGACCUUGUGCACUUUGGGCCCUGGCACGACGUUCGGGGAGUCCAUUCUGACAGGUAAACCUCGUCACGCUACAGUCGUCACCAAGGACUACACAGAACUUAUCCGUGUUGAGCAGAAGGACUUUAAAAUUCUCUGGGAUAGAAACAAACAACUGAUGGAAGGUGUGAUUACGUCAUCAGCAAACCUGGCAACCAGCGAUCAUUCUUUAAAAAUCCAGUCUCCAGAGGUCACAAAAUCGCACAGAAGACGACGAACCAACAGCCAAAAAAUGGAGGAUUUACCUAAUCCGGCAGCUCCGAUAACCUCGGCUCCCUCAGAGAAAUUGUCGCGUGCUGGACACAUUUUACGUAUGGUGCUACUGACGCGUGCCCCUCACAUGGUGCGAGACAGGAAGUACCAUCUGAGAACGUACCGCAGGUGCAUGGUGGGUACAGAGAUGGUGGACUGGCUGAUGCAGCAAAGCUCGCUGGUGCACUCGCGCACCCAGGCUGUGGGGAUGUGGCAAGCACUGCUGGAGGAAGGAGUCAUUGUUCAUGUGUGUCACGAGCAUCAGUUCAAGGACAAGUACCUGUUUUACCGGUUUGCUGAGGAUGAUCAGGGGGUGGGGUCGUCGCCUACCCACGCUGAUAAGAAAGAGUCAGAAGACUGUCUGGCUGACAUGCUGGUCACGCUGGCACAGAUAGGCCCCGAUGCUAUGAUGAGGAUGAUCCUCCGCAAACCUCCCCACGACCGCACAGUGGAGGACCUGGAGAUCAUCUAUGAAGAGCUGAUUCACAUCAAGGCCUUGUCACACUUGUCCACCAUGGUCAAGAGAGAACUGGCCAGUGUCCUUGUAUUUGAGUCCCACGCCAAGGCCGGCACAGUCCUAUUUAACCAGGGUGAUGAGGGAAAGUCAUGGUAUAUUAUUCUGAAAGGCUCCGUUAAUGUGGUAAUAUAUGGCAAGGGUGUAGUAUGUACAUUACAUGAGGGAGAUGACUUUGGUAAACUGGCUCUGGUUAAUGAUGCUCCAAGGGCAGCUACAAUUGUACUAAGAGAAGACAACUGUCACUUCCUAAGGGUGGACAAAGAAGACUUCAAUAGGAUAUUACGGGAUGUUGAGGCCAACACUGUGAGGUUAAAAGAACACGGUCAGGAUGUUUUAGUGUUGGAGAAAAUACCCACCAAUACUCAGACUCAUGAUGGAUCCAUUCACUCACAUUACAAAUACUCUGUGAUGGCCGGUACUCCGGAAAAAAUGUUGGAACACUUGCUUGAAACACGGCUUGACUCUAAGAGUGAGGAAACCUCAGAUAACUUCCAGGAAGACUUCAUGCUCACCCACAUUAUCUUCAUGGCCAGCAACUCUUUGUGUCCAGCACUCAUGGCCUACUAUCACGCUCAGGCAGCAGACACCACAGACCAGGACAGUGUGGAUUACAGUGUCACCCACAAAUGCCGCGUCGUCCAGUUUGUACAGGAUUGGCACAGAAUCGCUCACAAGGCCUUUGAGGAGGACAAGACCAUCAACUCAUUUUUAGAGGAAUUACUCGAGGCUUUACGUGAAGACUGUCAGAUGUUCCCAGUGCAGGAGGAGCUAGCUAUCGUAGAAGAAAUCUGUGCACAAAAGUCUCUAAAUCCUGACUUGAUGAGUGGGGCUAAAUCUGGUAAACGUAAGAUCGGCUCGCCUCAUCUGAUGCUGAGUCGAAAGUUCUCCAAAGAGGAUCCGCCAGAGGGGGAUGUGUUCAAGCGACGACAGCCAAUCAAAGGCACCGAUGAAAAUAUUUUUAAGGUGUUUUGUGCUGACCACACAUACACGACAUUGCGGCUCCCUAUGAACACCCCUGUGGGUCAGAUCAUCAUCCACGCUCAGGAUAAGCUCUCCCUUGGGGUGGACCUGGUGCUCUGUGAGGUCAAGUCCACGGGAGAGAGAGUGGUUUUCAAGGAGCCUGACCUGUGCAUUACUACAGGCUUGAGUCUCAAUGGUAGACUGUUUAUAGUGCCUCGAGAACAUCUAGAUGCCCUGACACCGUUGCCUGAGCAGGAGGGUCCUACGUCUGGGUCUGGCGCUGUCUUGGACCUGUUCAGCUCCCGGGAGAUGGCCUAUCAGAUGACUCUGUAUGACUGGGAGCUGUUCAGCUGUCUGCAUGAGUAUGAGCUGAUAUAUUUAGUGUUUGGGCGUCACAAGUUCGGUAAAAUUACAGCUAACCUGGACCUGUUCCUGCGGAGAUUUAACGAGGUUCAGUUCUGGGUUGUCACGGAGAUGUGCCUGAGUCAGAACGUCAGUCGGAGAGUUCAGCUGCUGCGUAAAUUCAUCAAACUGGCAUCCUAUUGCAGAGAGUACCAGAAUUUGAACUCCUUCUUUGCCAUUGUCAUGGGGCUCAGUAACAUAGCUGUGAGUCGGCUGUCUCAAACAUGGGAGAAACUUCCCAGCAAAUUCAAGCGAACGUUUGCAGAGUUUGAGACGACAAUGGACCCGUCCAGAAAUCACCGUGUGUACCGCCUGUCUGUGACCAAACUGAACCCUCCCAUCAUUCCAUUUAUGCCGCUGCUCAUGAAAGACAUGACUUUCACACAUGAAGGAAACAAGACAUACUUUGAUGGUUUAGUAAACUUUGAAAAAAUGCAUAUGAUUGCUCAAACAAUGAGAACUGUGAGAUUCUGUCGCAGUCAGCCUCUAGAUCUGGAAUACCCUCCUUCCACGAAGCCUUCCUCAGAUGUCAGCUCUUAUGUCAGAAAUCUCCAAGUCAUAGACAACCAAAGGAUCCUCACACAACUCUCUCACAAGCUGGAACCAAAGCGAACCUAAUCCAACCCCAGUGUCAUUAGUGGACUCACCUCAGUGGAGGCCAGAAGCGCUCACUGUUAGAGGUGUGAGUGGAAAACACGAGUGUGCCAGAAAUCUUAGAUGAUUCUGAUUCGCAGGACAAAUAUGGCAUAUGAAACAUCUGUUUUCCUAUUAUGUGGCAGGUAGUUGCUUGUUAGUGAUUUUAGAAUUGCCUUUUUCACAGCACGGAAAUCAAAUGCAGGUCCACAAAAUCCAGAUUGCAAUUUUCAAACAUAUUUCAGUCAUUAUUAAUGAACAUGUAUCAAGUAUGCUACCAUGUUUGAGCAGGGCCCCACCAGAUUACCUCCCUUGAGUUGACUCUCUUGUAUAAAUAAGGUUGUUGGGUGGGACGUCUGAAAGUAGUGGCAAGAUUCAAAAUGGAAGUAUUCUGAGGUGAAGACCGACAUCUACCAGAUGCAACCCUGAGGAAUUACAACAGACAGCUUUGUCUGAAAAGCAUUGACUGAUCUCAUGAUAAAUCUGCGCCUCUCAGUGGCUAAUAUCGUGAUUUUGUACAUUCUGUCGUUUGGAAAGUAUUUGUUGUCAUCCUGAUAUACACGUAUCCUACAGUUUGCAUUCUUCACAAUGUCACACUUUAAAGUGAUAGACAGCACCUAACUGUGUGUGUCCACUGAAAGAUUACCAUUCAAAGUAUCCUAAACUGGCAUUAGAUUUUUUUUUUUUUUUUUUUUGAUGUUUUUCAACCCAGUAGAAGUUUAGUGAAACUUCGUCUUGUUACAGCUUCAGCACGUCUCCAUUAUUGAAAGCAAGGCGAUGUCACAUUUAUUCUAGCUCUCUUAUGUCGAGGGUAUUUCCUGUAUAAUAGUUUAAGCUAUAGCCUAUGGCAGGUUAAAGUUGUGGAGCAAGUGGUGAAUGGCUUUCUCUGAAGUUGGACAUACUGGAAGGAUAUUUCUUCCACUGCUUGAACUGUUCAUACAUUAGACCUACUAUAUCUUUUAUACAGUUUGCGAGUAGCCUGCAGAUGCGCGGCUGUGGUAUUCCUAGUUCAGGUCGUGGCCGCUGAAGGGGUUGUGCAGGUACCAGUAAUUCUGACCCCUACCAAAUCUGAUACACCUGGAAAAAAAAUCUAAGCACCACUGAGGCUGAUCUAGGCAUUCGACUGUCGCUGGAUUUUAUGCUGUAAUUUUGUAGUGGUGG